AUGGCGCCCGGAAGGGGGAUGAUGCAGUUCGGCGGGGAUGUGGCCGUGGAUGACGGGUCGGUGGAGAUGGUGACGACGCACUUGAACGCGGAGGGGCGGCAGGGCCAGCUGAGCGCGGACCUGGACAUCCUUUGGCUGCUGUUCGGCGCCUACCUGGUGUUCUUCAUGCAGUGCGGCUUCGCCCUGCUGGAGGCGGGCAGCGUGCGGGCCAAGAACACCAAGAACAUCCUGCUCAAGAACAUCCUGGACACGGCGCUAGGCUCGCUGGUGUGGUGGGCCUGGGGCUACCCCUUUGCCUACGGCGAGAACGGGAAGUACCCAAACGAGUUCAUCGGCGGAACGAAUUUUUUUAUGAGCAACAGCGACGACGUCUCCCCACGGGAGGACGAGGUGGAUUUCAACAAUGCCAACAAGUAUUUCGCCCUCUGGCUGUUCAGCUGGGCAUUUGCAACGACCGCCACCACCAUAGUGUCUGGCGCUGUAGCAGAGCGCUGCCAGUUUAGAGCUUAUGUCAUCUACACCAUCGUGCUGACGGGGCUUGUCUACCCGGUUGUUGUGCACUGGGCGUGGUCAGCAGAGGGAUGGCUGUCUCCCUUCAGGGUCGACGAAAACGGCGAGCCGGAUGUCUUCCUCAGCCACACCGUGGGCUUCAUCGACUUCGCCGGCAGCGGCGUGGUCCACAUGACGGGCGGCGGCGCGGCCCUGAUGGCGGCCACCGUCUUGGAGGCGCGCUACGGGCGCUUCAGCGCCGAGGGCAAGCCCAUAGGCCUGCCCGGCCAGUCCGUGGCGCUGGCCACCCUGGGCGUCUUCAUCCUGUGGUUCGGCUGGUACGGCUUCAACCCCGUGUCCACGGCCGCGUUCUACAAUAGCAUGUACGUGGCGUCCAAGUGCGCCGUGACGACCACCCUGGCGGCGUCGGCGGGGUGCGCUACGGUGCUGACGAUGCACAUCUUCUUGGAGGGCGCGCCGGACAUCACGCCGGCCCUCAAUGGAAUCCUGGCUGGCCUGGUGUCCAUCACCGCAGGCUGCUCUGUGGUGGAGCCCUACGCAUCUGUGGUCAUCGGCAUGAUAGGCGGCGUGGUGUAUAAAGCGUCCUCUGCAUCCCUCCUGAAGCUGAGAAUCGACGACCCUCUGGAUGCCUCCCCUGUCCACUUCUUCUGUGGGAUGUGGGGAGUGUUUGCAGUGGGGCUGUUUGCCACUCCCGCCAAUUUGCACAAUUCCUAUGGAGUUGACCGGCUGAAGAGCCGAAGUGAGGCAGGCGUUCUGUAUGGUGGCGACGGCAGGCAACUGGGUGCACAGACCCUCGGGAUACUCGCCAUUGGUGUGUGGUCCAUCAGCAUCAGCCUCAUCAUGUUCCUGGUCUUGCGAUAUUUCGGUAUCCUUCGUGUCCCCCAGGAUGAGGAGAUAACUGGUCUGGAUGUGUCACAGCAUUCUGGUGGUCCCAGGUUCCAGGUGGAGGAUGACAAAGAUGGUGUCAAGAUGGUGCUGGGCAACAACCAACGCAUGACCGCCAGCCACGGCUCCACCACGCUCAGCGGAGCCACCGUCUCAACGGGCGAUGUCCGCGACCGGGGCACACGGAUGGGCGGCGGCUACUGA